ACUGACAGCCGGUGGGCCGGGUCCGGGUAACGGGCGACGAUGGAGUCGGUGCGGCCUCAGCAGUCCGCGCCCGGUGGGGCUUUCCGCGGCCUGAUGCCCGGGGCCCCGAGCUCGGCGCCAGUGUUGGGGCCGAUCGCCAAUCCCAAUCCCGGGCCUGGCGGCGGGGCGGGCCCGGCGGACGAGCGGAGUCGGGCGGUGCUGCGGGAGGCGGUCGAAGCGGUGGUGAAGAGUUUCGCCAAACACACACAGGGCUACGGCCGAGUGAACGUGGUGGAGGCCCUGCAGGAGUUCUGGCAGAUGAAACAGAGCCGAGGGGCGGACCUGCGUAACGGCGCCCUGGUGGUCUACGAGAUGGUCCCUUCCAGCAGCCCCCCUUACGUCUGCUUCGUCACCCUGCCAGGGGGCAGUUGCUUCGGCAGUUUCCAGCUCUGCCCCACCAAGGCGGAGGCGAGGCGCAGUGCAGCCAAGAUAGCCCUGAUGAACUCUGUCUUCAACGAGCACCCUUCCCGCCGGAUCAACGAGAGCUUUAUUGAGAAGAGUGUGGCCGAGGCCCUGGCUUCCUUCAGUGGUGACCAGGAUGAAGCAGACAUUCCCAACACUGGCAUUGGAGCCUUCCGCUUCAUGCUGGAAUCCAACAGGGGGAAGUCCAUGCUGGAGUUCCAGGAGCUGAUGACAGUCUUCCAAUUACUGCACUGGAACGGGAGCCUGAAGGCUAUGAGAGAGCGGCAGUGUUCCCGGCAGGAAGUGCUGGCUCACUAUUCCCACCGGGCACUGGAUGACGACAUGCGGACCCAGAUGGCGAUGGACUGGGCGAGCCGCGAGCAGGAGAUGCCAGGGCUGCUGGGCCGUGAGCUGGGGUCGGCUGAGCGGGAGCUGGAGGAGGCGCGGCUGGCCGGCAAGGAGCUGCGCUUCUACAAGGAGAAGAAGGACAUCCUGGUGCUGGCCAUGAGCCAGCUGGUCUCCAAGCCCAACACGAGCUGCUAAGGGAUCCCCGGACCUCCGUCAGGCCCCUCACGCUCAGUUUAUCCCACUGUGGGGGAAGUGUGGAGGAUGGAACUGUGCCAGACGCCUCCUCCACCCCCUGCAGGUGCCAAGCUCACCGCCCCACACCGUAUGUCAUUCCUGCUUCCCCUCUUGCCCCCCAGUCUCCUCCCCCACCCCCAGAUGACCUGCGCAAUGGGAGGCUGCUGCUCCCACCGGGGUCUGUAGCUUCCUGGCGUGCACAGCUGCCUACAUUUACUGCAUUCAGUAUCACUUAAAGUUUUCGAAGCUACUAAUGUUCAGGAGGGAGAGAGAGAGAGAGAGAGAGAGACCAGAUGUAGGGGGACAUCGAUCAUGUGGUGCUUACGUUUCCUCCCCCAGCCAACUGUACCCGCAGUUCGCCACUACCGGUAUAGUAAUGUGCAGACGGGUUCACCUGACCGCGGUGGUCGGCGACUGUGGGCCGCUCAGGCUCUCCUUCAUUGUGGCGUGUCCAUUCUGCAGAUGCUGGUAAUCUUCAGCAACAUGCACAAGAUGUUGGAGGGACUCGGCGGUCAGGCGGUAUCUGUGGUGGGGUCUCCUCCGCCUGAAACAUCGACUUUUCAUUUCCCCUCCUUAGAGACUACCUGACUUGGCAAAUUGCUCAAAGUUCAUUUAUCAUCAUCGCAUAUACGGAGGAGAGGUCGACUGUGGAUGUUGCGUCCUCACUGUCAUCCACAGUCCAGAGCAGAAUGAUAUGGAGAGCAAACUGCUCCUCACAGCCGAUGAAUCCAGAGGAAUAGCAGGGACUGAUACAGUUUGGCACCAGUGGAGUUACCAGUCAGCGUUGAACUGCAUUACGGACUCCAGCUUGGAUUUUUCUGGGGGGGGGGUGGCGGUUUACUCACCAAGCCUUCCCCAAGAGUGGGUAUAGCCAUAAGGCAGUGGAGGUUUGAGAUCAGAGUUUUCCUUCUAGAUGGGCUGCCAGCUAUUGCUGAUGAGCCUCAUCUGGCCAAAUCGACUGCUUUUAAGGUACCAUUAACCCACCUCUGCCUCUUCUCUUACCAGCAGAAACAGCUCUGCCAGGCUUGUGUGGUUUAGCUACUGGACUUGGUUAUCGGAGGUUAUUUGAGAUGCACGCCAUUGGCAGCAUUUAAUAGGUAGUGGGAGUGUAUCCCCAUUACCAACCCUGGCUGCAAAAACUUUAAUGAAGGCAGGGUGCGGUGAAAACACAGUACGGGCCCUCCGGCCCACGAUGUUGUGCCGAGCUUUUAACCCACUCCAAGAUCAGACUAACCUUUCCCUUCCACAUAUGGAUGAAAGAAAAAUGUAACACCAUUGAAGAGAAAAGCUCUUGUUUGCAUGACAGAUCAUUCCACACGUGAACAGAUCGAGAAGUACAAGGAACAGACAGUGCAAAUUAGUGUUACAGUUGCAGAGAAAGUGCAGUGCCAUCAGACAAAUAAAUUGCAAGGGCCACGAUGAGCUAGAUUGGGAAAUGGUUCAGUGUACAAGAGCAGGAUAGAAGUUGUCCUUGAAUCUAGUGGUGUGUGCUCUCGAGCUAUUGUAUCUUCUGCUUGGCAGGAGGGGAAAGACAGGGAAGUGAUUUUGAAUUUUACAGUCUGCCUGCACUUUCUCCGUAGCUGUUACACUUUAUUCUGCAUUCUGUUACCGUUUCGGUUUGUUCUACACCAGUGCUCUGUGUGAUGAUCUGAUCUGUGUGAACAGUGUGCAAGACAAGGUUUUCACUGUGUCUCAGUACACGUGACAAUAAUAAACCAGUUCCUAUUACGUUGGCUGCUUCUCUGGGGCAUCAGGAAGUGUAGACAGAGUCCAUAGAGGGGAGCCUGAGCUGCGUCCACAACACUGUUGUUUCUUGCAGUCAAGGGCAAAGUAAAACACUACACGUUGGAGGAAUUCAGUAGGCCAAGUACCAUCUAUGGCAAGAAAUAAAGAGUUGACAUUUUGGGUCAAGACCUUUUGUCAGGUCUUAGCCCAAUAAGUCAACUGUUUCCUUCUCUCUAUAGAUACUGUUAAGAUGCUUUCUAGGUAUAUUUGUAAAAAAAUGUUUUUAUUCAUUUACAGGAUGUGGGCAUCGCCAGCUAAGCCAGCAUUUAUUGACCAUCCUGAGGUGUUGGGCGGGAUUCCAUGAUUUUGACCUAGUGACAAUGAAGGAAUGGUGGUAUGUUUCCAAGUCAGGAUGGUGAGUGUCUUGGAGGGGGAUUUUCAAGUGGGGAUGUUUCCAGGUAUCUGCUAUUCUCGUCCUUCUAGAUGGUAGUGGUCGUGGGUCUGGAAGGUGCUGCCUUAGGAACUAUGGUGUGUUGUUGCAGUGCAUCUUGCAGAUAGUACACACUGCUGCAACUGUCUGUCGAUGGAGGAAGGACUGGAUGCUGGUGGAAGGGGUACCAAUCAAGUGGGCUGCCUUGUACUGGAUGGUGUCGAGCUUCUUAAGGGUUAAUGGAGCUGCACUCAUCCAGGCGAGUGGCCAGUAUUCCAUUACACUCCUGACCUGGAGACAAUUUGCAAUCAUUGCUAUCACCUUAUUUAUUGCUCUUUAGGGUAUGAUUCCCAAGUACAAACCCUUGCCCAGUUCCAUCUUAAGGAAUCCAUUGAAACAAUGAAUUCUGAUUGAUUUAUACUCAAGAUGUGUGUCCAGAAAUAGCAUACUGGAUAAAUCAAAGAACAAGGACAAGUUCUGGUCUCUCUCUGUCUCUGAUCUAAGGGGUAACUUUUAUACUCUGUUUUAUAUUCAUUACAAAUUGUCAACAAUUGCUGCAUUUUACAUAAACAGCAGUAUUAUAUAUUUAAUACGUGGGGAUGUAAACGAUCACAGCCUUGUAUUUUUUGCCAAAAGUUCUCCUCACUUGUGUAUUCUUGCCAAUAAAGUUCUCCUCACG